UCCAAAGGAAAUGGGCCUACUUUUUCAGUUGUUCUCUCGCAUCAUCGAUCACUCCAUCAAUCUAGGUCUGAAAACUUCAAUCCUCUUUGUUUGUAUGUGAUGUGAUGAUCCUAAUCUCUCAAUUUCAACUUCAAUUGCCAAAUUCAUCAAUCGAAUUGAUUUCCCUUGCUGGAACUACUUGGUAGCUUGACAUGAGAAGGGAACAAUCUCAGUCGUCUUGCAUGACAGAUGCGGAGCCUGAUAUAAUUAGUAGCUUACCGGGUCAUAUAAUAGACCACAUUCUCUCACAUUUGUCGAUUAAAGAAGCAGUGAGAACAAGUGUUUUAUCUACUAAAUGGAGGUACAAAUGGGCGACACUUCCAAAUCUUGUGUUUGAUAGCCAAUGUAUCUCUGAAACUUCCGAAGACCUUUUAGAUAUCAAGAGCAAGCUUUCAAGAAUUAUUGAUCAUGUGCUUUUACUCCAUUCUGGGCCAAUCAGAAAGUUCAAGCUCUCCCAUCGUGAGCUUAUUGGUGUGACUGAUAUUGAUCGGUGGACUCUUCAUCUAACUAGAAGGCCUGUUAAAGAGUUUGUGCUGGAAAUAUGGAAAGGGCAACGCUAUAAGAUACCUACAUGCUUAUUUUCUUGUCAAGGUUUACAUCAUUUGGAAUUAUUUAACUGCUGGCUUAAACCACCGUCAACAUUUCAUGGCUUCAGAAACUUGAAGAGUCUUGAUUUGCAACAUGUUACAUUGGCUCAAGAUGCUUUUGAAAACUUGAUAUCCAGUUGCCCUCUGCUUGAACGAUUGACGUUGAUGAACUUUGAUGGUUUCAACCAUCUUAAUAUUCGUUCCCCAAAUCUGCAGUUUUUUGACAUUGGGGGUAAGUUUGACGAUAUAAGCUUUGAGAACACUUCUCAAUUAGCGGUGGUAUCCAUUGGUCUGUAUGUAAACUUCGAAAGCAAUCAAAGUAGAUUGCAUGGACACUCCAGCAAUUUGGUCGAAUUUUUAAUUUGUCUACCUCGUAUACAGAGGCUGGAGAUUCAAAGCUAUUUUUUGAAGUAUUUGGCUAUGGGCGUUGUGCCAGUAAAGCUUCCUACACCUUGCAUUGAUCUAAGUUAUCUUUCCAUACGCAUAAACUUCAACGAUUCAAAGGAAAUCUCAGCUGCUCUUUGCUUGCUCAGAAACUCACCUAAUUUACGGGAAUUAGAAAUAUUGGCACGGCCUGAGGAGCAGCCUGUUCCAAUUGCACACCACACAUAUUGUUGGGAAGAAGUCUGUUUGAGUUGGCCAGUCAUGCGAGUGCAACAUGUGAGAAUAGAUGGCAUCUCUGGUAUCAAACCUGAAUUGGACUUCGUCAACUUUCUACUUCAAUAUUCUCCCGUGCUAGAAAAGAUGGCUGUGAAACCUGCUUUAAACACCGGACCAGAGUUGGUGAAAGAUCUAUUGCGGUUUAGGAGAGCCUCAACACGGGCUGAAGUUACUUACCUGGACUAAUAAUAAUAUUUUUUAUUGAACUCUUAAAUAUAUAUCACCAUUUUGUCUCUUUUUGUGAAGAAUGACCCAUCAUCCACUUCUACUUGCAACCAUUUUCUAAUGGAAAACUGCAUUGCUUGUCCUACUUGUGUGAUAGGGAGAUGGUUCACUAUCUUGAAAGUAUUUCUUUGAUACUGUCCCUGCAUCAAAAAUAUGAUGUAGAUUGUGUCUGAUCAUGAUGUAAAUUAUGAAUUACCAUUUUCAUACCAUUUGUAAUGGAAAACUGCAUUGUGAUAAGGAGGUGCUUCACUAUCUUGAAUGUACUUCUUUGAUAUUGUCCAUGCAUCAAAAUAUGAUUGUCUUAUUUUAU